AUGACUAUAGAUUUAGCUAGUAAUAUAUCAAAUGUCAUUAUUAUGUCAUUUCCAACAGAAAUAAAGGAUGUUUAUUUUUUGAAGGAUGUUACUUGCAAAGCUCCUAAAGGAAAAGUUUAUGCGAAAUACUUCAACACUAUGAAGAAAUUAAAAAAAUGGAGGCUAAAAUCAGCAAACAAUAAUACAUCUGAGGUUAAGAAAAUUAUUUAUAGAUUCGAAGAUUUACUUAAUUCUUCAUUAGGUAUUUAUAAUAUGCAUAAAAAUAUUGAUUUGUCUUGGCCUGAAAUAGAAGUAAUAUGGCGAAAAACAAUUAAUUUCCGACUUCAAUAUAUAAGGAACAAUGAUACAGCAAGUAUUUUUAGUAAAUGGGUACAUUACACAAAGCCAAUGGUCUACAGAUUGAUUUUGGUCGAAUGUACACAAAUUUUAAAAAACUUAAAUGUAAAAUUUGAAAAAACCUUACCGACUUUACUGAGUAUAUUACAUGAUCGUGUCAAAGAUGGUGGAAGUGUAGCUCUAUUACGGCAGUUAAAAGAAUCGACCAAUUUAUGUAAAAAUGGUGAAACCUUGACUUCAUUAUAUUUGUUACAUUCAUUAUUUUUACCUACUACUAAAAAAGUCAUUUUGGAUGAACAAGGCAAAAAAUCAACAAUCAAAUAUUCAAUUAAAGAUUCACAAAACUCAUUCAUCAUCAUAGCACAUACUGCAGUAGAACUAGAAUAAAUUGUAGAAAACAUUAAAAAAUAAAAAAACGACAUACAACCUUGUAUUUUAAUUGUUGGGUCAUUAUUAAAUCCUAUCCAAAUACUUAUUUACUUUGACGAUAUAAAAUAUAAAGUAUUCUUAGAAAUUAAAGCCGUAGACAUAUGUUUGAAAAUUUUCCAUGUAUUCAAUUUAGAAUAUCCUUUACAGUGCAAUAAUGUAUUGUUGUUUUUACAAAUUUAUUAUUAUGAAAAUGUGAUAAAAUAUGAUAGAAGUUGUAGUUUGAUCAGACAAAUUUGUUCAGAAUUGGAUACUAAUUUAUUAAAUUCAGAUUUGAGUGGUUAA